AUGUGUUCAAUAGCAGUUUGAAAAUUUCUAGCCCUUAAUGCCAAGUUUUGUUGCCAUCAUAGCUGUGGUGUGGGUGGAAAAGCCCAACCAGAAAUGAGCAGAUCUAACUGUAAGCUACUUUGCAUGUUGUCAAUUGACUAUAAAUUGCAGCAGUCAUUGACUCAGUGGAACAAGCUACAUAAUUCAGGUAAGAGACUUGCAUAUUGCUGUAUCUAGCCACACAUCUUCACUGAAUAUCAAUGCUCUUGUUUAUGUAUGCCAGCCAUUUACUAACAGUGUUUUCAUAGCUUUUUAAUGAGUCCUGUUUAAUGUAAUCUCUUAUUUAAUAAAGUGUAAGAAAAAUGAAACAUUAACAUCUUUUUUUUAAAUAUCAUUCAGGUAUUUUCAGGUAUUCAUCACUCUUUAAACAGCACAUCUUAUUUCCCUGGAUUUUACUUUCAUUUGAAGAUUGGCUAAAUGCAGAACCUGAUGGAUGGCAAAAGCUACUGUAACCUCAUCUGUGCUGAGGCUCAGCACAUCCAGCUGGCAAGGCCUUUCUGUGCAGACCCACUGGUCACGUUUCACGUGUACCCAGAAGCACCAAACCAGGUCCCUUUGGCUGAAGAUUUGUCAUUCCUUCCUUUCAUGUCGGAGCAUCUCAUCACGGAGACCUUCUACAGCGAGCCCUGCCCCUUUCCCUACCAAAUGCCCCAUUCCAGUCUCCACAAAAGUGAGUACUCCUAUGGGUCAGCUUUCAUCAGAAAGAGGAAUGAGAGGGAAAGGCAGCGUGUUAAGUGUGUCAAUGAAGGCUACGCCAAGCUGAGGCACCACCUGCCCAAGGAGUACUUGGAGAAACGGCUCAGCAAAGUGGAGACCCUCCGUGCUGCUAUAAAAUACAUCAGGUACCUACAGUCUGUGCUGUGCACUGACUCUGUGGUGGCAGGAAAAGGUGUCAUGGAGCCAAACCAAGCACGUAAAGCUACUAACAAACAAAGUCAGUUUUUGAAGACAAUCUGAAGUGUUGCAAAGCCAGCCAAAGGCAUCCUGUCUGGGAAUGUAGUAGCCACUACGUGUGUGUUCCUGGCUCUUCUUGGGAGCAGAUCGUGGCACACCUCAGUAUCAGCCCAACCAAGAGCUUCAACGUUGCAGAUAGUUACUACACUUAGAUAUGAAAGGGGCAACUGGGAAAAUCUCAGCUGAAUGACUUAAGUAAAUUCAUUAAAUCCAGAACGUGUUUCUAAAUUAGUCACCAAGCUAAAAAUGUGACACCUACAUGUGUGAAGUAACUGUAUGUAUCAUCACAACCUGCAUGCUUUAAAAUAAAAUCUCUCUAUUUAUGGGACUGAGAUUCUUCUCAUUUUCUGUCAUGUUACUGGUUUACUCUCACAUGCACUUUCUUAAAAUAGUCACUCUAAUUGCCAGUUUUUCUUUUAAAAUGCCUUUUUAAAGGUUCCAAGGAGUGUUAUUAGAUGCCAAAAGAAAGGAUAAUUUAGUUUAAAACGGCAAAAAAUAGAGUAGGGUAGGAGCUCUCCGAAGUACAGUGACUGAACAUGGGAAGAGCAUAAAGUUUUGUGAGUGCUGUUCCAUCAUUUUCUUAUUAGUGACUAUUUUAAUCACACUGAAAACUUUUUGACAUUGCAUAAUUUUAUUGAAAAAUGGAUUGUUGUACAGAUUUUUGUCCGUAUCCUUAAAAAUUACUAAGACUGCUUACAUAAUACGCAGUAUAAAGAGGGCUGGCAAGGUUUUGGCCAUCAGCAUAAAAAUAAUCCUGCAAUAGAAAUUUUUUUUUGGACUUUGAUAAUGGUUGAGGUCUGGAGUGGUCUUCCCCAACCUUCCAAUCUGUGUCUCUGUACUGCUGAUAGUUUCAGUUAAGUGUUAUAAAAUAGAACUGUGUGAAGAUGAUGAAGAGAGUUUAGCU